AGAAAGAUGACAAAUGAAAAUUCAAUUCUCGCUGAUUCUACCACCAAUUUAACAUCACCAGCGAAAGGGAAAAUUCAACAAAUAAAUCAUGAAGACGCGGCUGAAGACUCGAAUGUAGAUGACUUUGGAGUAAAUGAUGAACUUGAAAAAGAAAAGAAUCCACUGAAUCCAAAUGGUUCGAGCGCUAAGGAUAAAGAGCGCGCUUUAAUUGUUUCAAUAACACAGGGAAGACAUCGUGAAACAUGGAAUCAAAAAGUGGAGUUUUUGUUAGCUGUCAUUGGGUUCGCUGUGGAUCUUGGCAACGUUUGGAGGUUUCCUUAUAUUUGUUACCAGAAUGGUGGUGGAGCUUUCCUUAUUCCAUAUUGCAUUAUGUUACUAUUGGGUGGACUGCCACUCUUUUACAUGGAACUUGCUCUCGGCCAAUUUCAUCGCUGUGGAUGUUUAAGCAUCUGGAAUCGCAUAUGUCCGGCUUUGAAAGGCGUUGGAAUGGCGAUUUGUAUCAUCGAUAUCUAUAUGGGAAUGUACUACAAUACGAUUAUCGGAUGGGCGGUUUAUUAUUUCUUUGCUUCGUUUAGCUAUGAACUGCCAUGGGAGAAAUGUGGAAAUCCAUGGAACACAGAUUCAUGUUUAUCUGUCGAUACGCCAACAAACUUAACCAAUACAACGAGUCCAGCUAGAGAAUACUUUGAACGCAACGUGCUUGAACAGUAUAAAUCAGAGGGAUUGGAAUACAUGGGACCGAUUAAGCCGACGUUAGCCAUUUGCGUGUUUGGAGUUUUCGUUCUUGUAUAUUUUUCUCUUUGGAAAGGCGUGAAGAGUACUGGAAAAGCUGUUUGGGUUACUGCACUUGCACCAUACUUUGUACUAAUAGUUCUACUCUUCCGUGGUGUUACUUUACCAGGUGCUGGUAAUGGAAUUCGUUACUAUUUAACACCAGAAUGGGAGAAAUUGAAAAACACAAAAGUUUGGAUUGAUGCUGCUAGUCAGAUUUUCUUUUCUCUUGGACCUGGCUUUGGGACACUUUUAGCACUUUCAAGUUAUAAUAAAUUUAAUAACAAUUGUUAUCGAGACGCCUUGCUUACAAGUUCCAUCAAUUGUUUGACAAGCUUUUUAGCUGGUUUUGUUAUCUUUUCUGUUUUGGGUUACAUGGCGGAAGUUCAAAAAGUGGACAUUGAUAAAGUGGGAUUGGAGGGACCUGGACUUGUCUUCAUUGUUUAUCCUGAAGCGAUAUCUCUAAUGAGUGGAAGUACUUUCUGGUCAAUCAUUUUCUUUCUUAUGUUAAUAACACUUGGUCUUGAUUCAACAUUUGGUGGACUUGAAGCUAUGAUCACAGCACUUUGUGAUGAAUUUCCAAACUUCAUUGGGAAACGACGUGAAGUUUUCGUUCUUGUAUUGUUGGCGUUCAUUUACAUCUGCGCUCUUCCAACGAUGACUUUUGGUGGCGUUUAUUUGGUCAAUUUUUUGAAUGUUUACGGUCCAGGACUUGCAAUUUUAUUCGUUGUGUUUGUUGAAGCUGCUGGCGUCUUUUGGAUCUAUGGCGUCGAUAACUUCUCAGCUGAUAUCGAACAAAUGUUGGGUGAAAAACCAAAUAUAUUUUGGAGGGUUUGCUGGCGAUACAUUUCACCAACCUUCCUUUUUGUAAUUUUGAUUUUCUCUGUACUUAACAACGAGCAUAUGCUUGGAGAAGAAUAUUAUUACCCUGAUUGGGCCAUUCCACUUGGUUGGGUAUUAACGGGAUCAUCUGUGAUUUGCAUUCCACUUUAUAUGAUCUACAAAUUUGAUAGGACUCGAGGUAGUUUCAAGAGGAAAUUGCGAACGAUGUUCAAACCGGAGCCACUUGUGCCAACUGCCCUUCCAGGCCAAAUCAGCACAAUGAUAAGCACCGUUUGACAAAAUGUUUCAUCAAACAGCAGUAAGGAUUACAUGCUGUAGACCAGCAACAACUACAUCUUUUAAAAACUUUUUUAAUACUAACGUUCCCGAUUCAACAUUUAAAAAAAUUAAAGAGAAAUUACCGGCUAUUAAUUAAUGUUAUUUAGCCCCCAAUCAUCGUGUUCCUAUGAAAGUAGAAGAUUUAAGUAUAAAUUUGAAUUAAUGUUUGAGAGAUUUUUAAAGCAAAAUCGUUUUGUUAUAGAAGAGAAAACUCCUGCUAAGCAGUGGAAAUUGAAGUUAUAAAAUGUUUAUCGCGUGGUAUUUAGAUUCUAUAAAAACAUAUGUUGAUUCAUGCUUUGUCCUUAAAAUAAUAAGAUGCCAUACUGCUGAAAUAUGAAACAAUAAUUCUAAAGUCGCUGAAGCAUCAGAGAUCCCACGUCUCGAAUGAUUUUUAAAAGGUUAAAAUGUAUUAGAUAUAUUUUUGUUCUUUAAUUUUUAAUAAUUUGAGAUAUGA